UCCCGGAGUGGGCGUGGCGAGCCUGUCCCGCGGCCGCAGGUCCCCAGGCUCCGAGCCGCGCGCCUGCAGGCCAUGCUGCGAGCGUGCGGGGCGAGCGUGGGGCCCCAGCUUCUGCGGGCGGCGCUGGGCCUGGGGGCCUGGCCCGGUCCGGGGCGGGCGGCGUCGGGGACGCGCGGGCAGGGCUGGCUGCAGCCGGCGGGCCACGACACGGGCGUCAAGGUGUACAACAGCCUUACCCGGAGGAAGGACCCCUUGAUCGUGGGCAGCGCGGACGCCGCCUCCUGGUAUAGCUGUGGACCAACUGUCUAUGAUCAUGCACACCUUGGCCAUGCUUGCUCAUAUGUUAGAUUCGAUAUCAUUCGAAGGAUCCUCACGAGGGUUUUCGGAUGCAACAUCAUCAUGGUGAUGGGAAUCACGGACGUGGAUGAUAAAAUCAUCAAAAGAGCCAGUGAGAUGAAUGUGUCACCUGCUUCUCUGGCCAAUCUUUACGAAGAGAAUUUUAAACAAGACAUGGCAGCCUUGAAGGUUCUCCCCCCGACGGUGUACUUGAGGGUAACUGAAAAUAUUCCUCACAUCAUUUCUUUCAUCGAAGGAAUAAUUGCUAACGGGCAUGCUUAUUCGACAGCACAAGGCAACGUCUACUUCGAUUUGCGGUCAAGAGGAGACAGGUACGGCAAGCUCGUGGGUGCGGUCCCCAGUCCCGCCACAGAGCCAGUUGAUUCUGACAAGCGGCAUCCCAGCGACUUUGCCCUGUGGAAGGCAGCUAAACCCCGGGAGGUGUUUUGGGCCUCUCCUUGGGGAAACGGGAGACCUGGCUGGCACAUCGAAUGUUCCACCAUCUCAAGCUUGGUGUUUGGAAGCCGGCUGGACAUCCACUCGGGCGGGAUGGACUUAGCUUUCCCGCAUCACGAGAACGAAAUCGCCCAGUGCGAGGCCUUCCAUCAGUGCAGGCAGUGGGGAAAUUAUUUUCUGCAUUCUGGGCAUUUGCACGUGAAAGGCAAAGAAGAAAAAAUGUCCAAAUCGCUGAAAAACUACAUCACUGUUAAGGACUUCCUGAAGACGUUCUCCCCCGACGUCUUCCGGCUCUUCUGCAUGCGAAGCAGCUACAGGUCAGCCGUGGACUAUAGUGACGGCACCAUGCUGGAGGCCAAGCACCUCCUUCUGGCGGCAGCCGCGUUCAUCGAGGACGCCCGGGCCUACAUGAAGGGGCAGCUGGUGUGCGGCCCCGUCGGGGAAGGCCUGCUGUGGGAGAGGCUCCGCCACACCAGGGAGGCUGUGAAGGCUGCGCUGGCAGACGACUUUGACACACCUGCGGCGGUGGAUGCAGUCAUGGACCUCAUCCACCGCGGGAAUGGACAGCUGCAGGCACGCACUAAGCGCCCCUUUUGGGUGAUCUGCCCCAGGAGCCCAGUGGUCCCAGGAGUCCUGCCGUGUUUGGCUCCAUCGUGUCCUACAUCGAACACUUCUUCGAGACCGUCGGGAUCUCUCUGGCGGACAGACAGUUUGUUCCAGGCGAUGGCAGCCAGGCCGCUCUCCACAGCGUGGUGGAGGAGCUGGUCCGGUUCCGGCUCAAGGUCCGGCAGUUCGCGCUGGCCAGCGGAAAGGCCACCGGGGAGGCCCAGCGGCAGCAGCGGCUGGACAGGCAGCCCCUGCUGGAGGCGUGUGACGCUCUGCGCCAGGACCUCACCGCCCACGGCAUCAGCAUUAAGGACAGGAGCAGCACGUCCACGUGGGAGCUGCUGGGUCAGGACCACAGACCAGGGAGCUGAGGGCUCCCGACACAGUUCUGUAAAAGCUUUACAUUAAAGUUUCCUAUUGUAGCUGUUCAGUGAACAUGGAAGUAAAUCACAGUGACACCGUA